AUGCAACGUGAGAUUGAUGAGUUGAAAAGGGAAUUGCACCACACAUGGCGAAAACGUUUAUCGCCCAACUCCGAGCUAUCCUCCGAGGAGACAAAUGGUGCUAGUUAUAGACAGAGGUCCAAAACUCUGCCCAACGAGUCUUUCUCCUACGACAAGGAGUACCACCAUAGACGUAGAUAUAAAAGCCCACUUUGUAAAGGCCUGGGGAACGAAGCCAUGAGCAAGGCGUUGAGUCAAAUCUUUAAACCACCCUUCACACAAAACAUAGAAGAUCCGGAGGAACAUGUCAGUCACUUCAAUCAAAGGAUGGCAGUUCAUUCCAAGGAUGAGGCUUUGAUGUGUAAGGUCUUUCCAUCUAGUUUGGGCCUCAUGGUGAUGAGGUGGUUCGAUGGUUUGAGGGCGAAUUCCAUUGACUCCUUUAAGAAGCUCACCCGGGCCUUUAGCGCUCGCUUUAUUACUUGUAGUAGGGUUUCUCGGCCUUUGGGUUCCUUAUUGUCUAUGUUCAUGGGGAAGGGGGAGACUUUGAAGACAUACUCGGAUAAAUAUUGGGAAAUGUUUAAUGAAAUAGACAGAGACUAUGAUGAUGUGGCCAUUAGUACUUUUAAGGCUGGCCUCCCAACCGAGCAUGAUUUGAGGAAAUCUCUGGCUGGUAAGCCUGUUACCAGUGUGCGCCAACUUAUGGAUCGAAUUGACAAGUCGGACCGGUACAAUAAUAACCGACCUCGGAAAGACUUUGUCGGGCAGCCAGGAUCUACCAACACCCAGGUGGUUAAUGUUGUGUUCCGAGAACCAGUACAACAGGUUCUGGAGAAGAUUAAAAACGAGUCGUUCUUCAAAUGGCCGAACAAGAUGGCGGGAGAUCCUAUGAGGUGUAAUCAAAGCCUUUAUUGCCAAUAUCAUCAGGACCAUGGACACACUAUCGACGAUUGUAGAAACUUGUGGGACCAUUUAGACCAACUGGUUCAAGAAGGGAAAUUAAAGCAACUCUUGCAUCAUUCCAGUGGCCAGGGGAGCCAAACGAGUUUGGAGUUUCGAGGAGAUGAUUCUUCAAGACUCCCUUUAGGCACGAUAAAUGUCAUAUUUGUCGCCCCAGGGAGGACCGAAUCUUGCCCCUCCAGAGUAAUGUCAGUAUCUCGUUACCCAGUUGAGGAAUCCAGUUCAAUGCCGAAGAGAGUCAAGAUAGACAUCCCACUGGUGUCAGGUUUUUCAGAUGAGGACAAACUUGGAACCAUACAGCCUCACGAUGAUGCUUUGGUAGUUACACUUAGAAUUGGUGGGUACGAUGUGAAAAGGGUGAUGAUCGACUAA